AUGAACGAACCCUGGUGUCGCCUGUUUAAAUUCAUUUUUUCAUUUCUUAUUGAAGAGAAAAACAUAAAUGUAACCAGUUCCGGCAGACUCAUGGCGACACUUAUCGGAAAUCCACUCAUCAAGGCUUUCUUUAUUAUUUUCCUGGUUUCAGCCGCCACCGCCACCGCCACCGCCACCGGCGACGCCCCCUUCAUCAUCGCUCACAAGAAGGCAUCGCUGAACAGACUCAAAUCCGGCGCCGAACGCGUCUCCGUUUCCGUCGACAUCUACAACCAAGGCUUCACGGCGGCAUAUGAUUUGAGUCUCAUUGAUAAUAGCUGGCCUCAAGAUGCUUUUGAUAUUGUCAAUGGCAACACUUCACAUUCAUGGCAGAAGCUUGAUGCCGGUGGUCAUCUAUCACAUUCAUUUGAAUUAGAGGCCAAAAGGAAAGGAAUGUUUCAUGGUGCUCCAGCAGUCAUAUAUUUCCGAAUUCCCACCAAGUCUGUUCAACAGGAGGCGUAUUCAACUCCAAUCUUUCCCUUAGAUAUCCUUGAGGAAAGACCGCCUGAGAAGAAGUUUGAGUGGGCUAAGAGGUUGAUGGCUAAGUAUGGGUCUCAAAUCUCCGUGAUAUCAAUUGUGGUUCUGUUCAUCUACCUGAUAAUAACCCCAUCCAAAGCAAGCAAGAAGAAGCGCUAAAAUAGAGUGUCUCCACUUAAUGCACAACAUCCUUUCUUUCCUUGUUUCUGUUUGCAGUUAAAAUAGGGUCUUUGGUUGUGUCUACACUUGAUUGAAACAGCUAAUGGAUAGUACUUAGGAGCAUGAUUUCAUUUCAUGCUACGUACACAUCACUUGUAUCGUAGGGGAUUUAGGACAAAACUCUAUCAGCAUGCCUGCAUGUGACAGCGACAUCGUAUCUCAUUUUGCAGUUGUAAUCGUUACGAGGGGAAUGGCCUGCGGUUUAAACA